CAUUAUAUUUCUCAAUUCUCAUUUCUCAUACACCUAAGUCCUAACACGAAUCAUUUCUUGCCAGUCUAUAGCCGAAUGGAGGUCAUCAUAUUUUUAUAGUAUUUUCAUUUUUCGUUUCUACUGUAAGUUAGUAAUUUAUAAGUGAAAUUGGCUUUGAAACAAGUUUAAAAAUGGAAGCACUAUCCAAUAUUUUGCAGCCGUACAAGGCUAUUGUCGGCACAGUAGCCGCUGUAGUCACUAUUGGACAAAUGUUCUCAGGCUCAUUUCUAUGCUAUGACAUUUAUAAGCAGAAGAGCACUAAAGGAGUCGGUAUUAUGCCAUUUAUUGGUGGUUUGGUUAUGAGCGUGCUAAAUUUAAAAUACGGCUUCAUUCUCCGCGACGAUACAAUGAUUCAAGUGAAUUUUGUGGGUUGCGCCAUAAACAUUGUCUACCUCAUGAUUUAUUUCAACUACUCGGCCCAGAAGGGUCUCGUUUGGGCCCAAAUCGGGGCCGGUGGGGCCAUUUCAGCGGCUCUCAUCGGCUACUCCGAGUACGAAGACCCGAAACUUAUCGAAACACGUUUUGGAACUAUUAUAACAGCUUUCAUGUUCUAUUUGAUCGCUUCUCCGUUGUUUAACUUGAAAACCAUAAUUAAAAACAAAAGCACAGAAGGCAUGCCCUUCCCGAUUAUCAUGUCAGGUAGCGUGGUUACCUUCACAUGGUUACUCUAUGGAAUUAUACUGAACAAUUCUUUCCUUGUGCUCCAAAAUGUUGUAGCUGUCACUCUCUGUUCAGUUCAAUUGGCUCUCUUUGCGAUUUAUCCAUCGAAGCCCAAAGGAAAGGAGAGGAAACCUAAAGCCAAGAAAGUAGACUAACAGAGCCACUAAGUGAGAAAUAAUUAGAGUAAUUAAUGCUUAUAAUUGUAUUAUUUAUGUAUGCAAACAGUUUUUUGUUAUCGAAAGUCUUCCAAUGUAGCGCGCAAACCUUCAGGUGAUGCGAGUUAAUUUAUUAUCAUAUUUUUAUCGUUUAAUACUGCAUUUAGUUUAAAAAUUGCGAAAAGUAUUUAUAAAAAAAAGGAAUUUUCAAUUGUUCCUGUUUUAUUUCUAUAUAAGGCAAAGUGAUUUGAGUAUAUAGGAUUUGGAAAAUUUCAUAUUCAUAGCACAUACAAAAUGAAUAAAUUCAGUUCAAUUUAUUGAUUUCCAGUUUUAUAUGCUUUUUAAAUUCUUUUGGGUGAAGGCAAUUUAAACCAUAUUUUAGCAAGAAUAAAUGCUGUGAUGUAUUAUUUAUUAUAAUGUAUGUCUUCUAGAACAAUUAAUUUUUCAGAAUUUUUGAAGUCUGUUUUGAUUAUUGUCAGAAAUCGGUAACUUUUUCUGUUAUUAAAAAAUUAAGUCAUUACAGACUAAAAUAUACAGUAGAUCAUAGACACGCCAUCGUCUAUCGUUUAUGAGAGAGGGCUGUGAUUAUAGUUUUAUUGUUAACUGUAAUCCUAAAUAACAUUCCUAUAAAUAUCAGUAAAUUAUAUUUUGAUGCAAUGAAAUUGCCAUUUUUGUACAAUAUAAUAAUUCUUCUA